AUGUCUUCAGAUAUUUAAGUUGAUUUACUUAAAAGAAGAUAAUAACAUGAAACUUUUCUAAAAUGUUUUAAGGAUCAUUUACUUGAAUUACAAUUUCCGUCUGAUGAAGAGUGUAAUUCUAUCAAUUUAUUUUAGUGAAAGCUGCAAAAGAAGGAGGAGGACAAUUAGGAAGCAAACUCAUGAAGUUAGCCUAAAAUAGAGAUUUACAUCAUACUGAUAUGUCUGAGAAUUAUGGGCUAGAUAAUGAAUAGAAUAGAGAUCGAUACAAAAAAAAAAAUUAUUUGAAUCUUUUUCAAGUUGAAAGAGGUCCUUGCAGAAUAUGCUCCUAAAAAGACACUAAGUGUCCCUUUUAUAGAGCAUGCUUUAAUAUUGAAACAUUUAGGGGGAUUGAACUUUUCUCUUGUUUGAAUUGUGGAUGUCCCAUGAAUAGUCAUGUCAUUUUAUAAUCUGAUUAUAAUUUUUCAAAUAGUAUUUGCUCAUAAGUGAAUCGUAGAUAUAUUAAUGAAUCACAUUUAUAAUUCAAAGCCUGUGUUUCUAUCUUUUUUGUAGAUGCAAACACUGCAAAAGACUUCAAAAUUGAUAUCGAGAGUUUUAUUACAUCAUUGAAUGAAGCAGGAUUUAAUGCACUUUCCUUUUAUGAAAUGGAUAUUGCAACAUUAUAAAAAAUAUGGUUAGAAAAAUCGCUCUACAGCAAGAAGUCAAAUAUAAAAGCAUAAGAGUUCCAAUAAUAUUUUCAGUUUUUUGGAACAUUCUUAGAAAUGAUUGCUAAAUUUGGAGUUGCUGAUAAAUUUGCUUUAUAAGAUUGCUUAUAGAACCCAGAUGACAUUAAAAUUUUAGAAUUUUAUCUCAAAAGAUUAGAUAAAGUAAAUUAAAAACUGGGUUUGGCAUAUUAAAGAAAUAAAAUAGCAUUUAUUUUUUUGAUAUCUGGUAAUUAGUUAUAGCUCUAGGUUGAUUAUAAGAAGUUUUUAUUUGCAGCUAAAUCUUAGAUAUAGUAUUUACAUACUGAUUAUAAGAAGUAUCUACUUGAGGAAAUCAAAUAUUCUGAUUCAUCCUAUCAACCUUCUGACAGAAUCAAAACUAAUUCUACUUAAGAUUUAUUUUAUACGCAAUAAUAACAAUAGUAAUUUUAAGAAUUUCAAUCAAAAUUAUCACAGAGAUCCUAAGAUAUGAUUUAUUAUUACUCCUCUUCAACUAAGAAUAAAGCUAUUAGAGAUACAUUGUUAUUUUUUCCUUAAUUUUAUAAGCUGAAUGUUGUUUCAUUCCUAUUGACAUAAUAAGUAGAUGAAAUACACAAUGACAGAAGAAAAAUGAAUGAUACAUUUAUGGAUAUGUUGGACUUUAAUAAUAUAAGCAUUUUUAAAUAAGAUUUUGGUUAAGUAUUACAAAGAACUCUGAAUGAAGCAUUUAAAUUUAUACCAAAUUAAGAGAGAUUUUUGAAAAGUAUAUAAUUUGAUGGAAGUGGUGUGAAUAUUAAAAUAGGAUAUAAAAUAGGUACUUAACAAUUGAAUAUUAUGUCUUAAAAUUUACCCAAUUAUUAUAAAAUAUCACAGCCAACUUAAAAUUAAACGUUAUGUGAUCGAUUAUGUCCGGAGAUAUUUUAUAAUCAAAGAAUAUUGAUCAUAUAUAGACCUAUUGUAAUUAAAAGUAAUUUGUCUGGUUUAUUAAAUAAUGUUUGGAAAUUAAAUGAUUUCAUUGAGAUUGACUCUGAUUAUGUGCGAUUGUCAUUGUAGGAAGCAAGGAUGUUAGCAUAAAUUGAGAAGAUUCAUCCACAAAAUCUGAAUAAUUAUUUAACAAUGAUGACUGAGGGUUAUUCAUAAGUUGUGUUAUAUGCUAGACCAGGAGCAUAUUAGGGAGCUAAGAUCAUAUCAGAUGGAAGUAAGACUGGUUUAAAGGUUAGAUAAUCUAAAAAGCUAUAAGAAUUAUAAAUAUAACAUUAAGCAAAAACAGGAUAAUUUGUAGAGAAAUUACCAAUGAAUUUCCAUAAUUUCUUUGAAUAGUUUACAUCUUAGAAUAUAUUUUUAUCAAUAAAAGAUCUUUUUAAUUUAGAAGAAUUAGUUCUUUAAGAGAAUACAACAAAGAUAAAUAAAAAUAUAUUCGUUAAUGAGGAUGAUCAUGUGUUUUUAGUUCCAAAUUAAGCGGAUUAAACUGGAAUAUCACAAUAAGUUAAAUUGUAAUUGAUCAGGGAUUUGCCUAAAGAAAGUAUAAAAAAGUUCUAUUAAAAUAGAUUACAAUUAUUAUCUUUACACUAGUAGUGAUGAAAUAAUAACUGAAUAAUUGGCUUCAUUAUUUAUUCCUGAAUGCACUCAAAUAGGUAUAUAAGUAUCUAAUAACCCUAGAACAUAUCUAUUUGAUAAUAAAACCAGUGCUUUAAAAUACAAAAGAUAGUGUAAUUGACGAUAUAAAGCAACUUGUGUCUCGAAUGAAGUUCUCAAUUUUUGAUUGCAAAUAACUUACUCUAUCAGAUGAGGAAUUAGCCAAACUUAUUAAUUUGAUAACUCCCUACAAAUUGAAUAAGUAGGAUCUAUAAAUUUAUGUCACAGAAUAUAAAUAGGCUCCACUAUAUAUGUUAAGUUUAAUGAAAUAGGCAGGAAUGAAGGAAAUGAAAAACUUUUUGACAGGCUUUAAUUUUUCAGUUCCCACUUAUACAAAACCAUAACUUAUUCAUGAAAUAAAACCAUACUUAAUUCCUUGUUUGAACUAUGAAAUCAUUAGAUUUAUUUCUGCUCAAUUCAAUAAUGGAUUUUAUAAAUUUGAUGCUUAAACAUUUGAGCAAGAUAGCAUGAACGAAUAAUUAUUAUAUUUAUUGAGAUACAUAUUAGCAUAUAGUGUUGGAGUGAAUAUGGACAAUGAAUGUGAAAAGCUAGUUCAAGAAUCCACACUCAGACAUACUAAUUUUAAAGUUUCAAGUGUUUCACAUGGAGAUUUCGAAAUACGUAUUAGAUCUAUGCAUGAUCAAAUUAAAUAUACAAAAGCAUUUGAACUCUAGUAGGAUUAUGAAUUACAAUCGUGGUAUUACAUGAAAAUAAAUUCUUUGUUUCCAUAAAGAGCACCUGUUGUCUAUUAAUAUAGAAUUUUAUUUCCCGAGAGAAUCGAAUGUGGUGAAAUUGAUUAAGUCUUUGAUUGUCAAGAAUAUCCAGGUAGGAACUUUCUAUUGGAAAUCUAUAGAUAGGUGUUUGACUUUGGAUAUAGUGUUUUUGAAGCUCUUAAGUCAGAGAAGUUAAAGCAUGUGGAAGAGAAGUUUAGUAAGACUCAGAAGGAGAUAUAAAAGAAAGUAGUGAAGACUUUUGAAGAUUAAAUGUCUAGAGUUAGUUAGUAUAUGGAUAAAAGAUCUAAAAUGAUUGCUUAUUUUUGGGGAAUCAAAUUAGCAAAAUUCACUAAGGAGUUAGAGUUAAUUAAUAGUGAUGAUGAAUUUCCUAAUGGAUUUGGAGAUAUUAUUAGGAAAGAAAAUGGUUAUGAAUGUAAAUAUAAGAUUAAGACUCCUGAAUAUGACCAUAUUAGUUAUCUCUAUAAAAAACAUUAUAAGCAAGUAUUUGAGAAUAUUAAUACAUACAUUUCAGAGAAGUUGGAAAGUGAUGCUAAUUUUCAUGAGGAAUUGAAUUAAAUGUAAUCUUCAAACUUCGAAUUCGGUUAAUCUUAAUUAUUUUCUUAAAUAGAUUAAAAAAGGGAUAUGAGCAAAACUAAUGUAGAGAGAAGAUUGACUAGAUUUUUUAAUUCCAUAUUGCCAAAUGAUCAAUGUUGUGAAUUGUUAAAGGUUAAUAUGAAUGAAUUUAAAAUCAUACCUAAUAAUCUUUAAUUACAAUAGAUUAGAAUAUAAAAUGAAAGAGAACAAAUCAAAACUCAAUAAUUUGAUAAUCAAACUACUUUUUUUGAUUGGAAUCAUGAAGCAAACGAAUAAAAGAGAAAAAAGGAAGAAGGUUAAUCAUUGAUUACUCCUUACUGUAAUUAUGUUCUUUCGCAUUGUUUACCAAUUGUUGGUUCAUAAUAUGAAUUGGCUGCAAAUGUGCUAUAUUUAUUGCUUGUUGAACUUAAAUAAUUGAAGUUUUAUGAUAAGUUUAUUGAUUUACAAAUUUUAUAAGAGGAUGUCCAUUUCAAAAUGAGUAAAUCAAAAAAGAUGGUAUUCACAAGCAAAACUGAUAAGAUCAAGACUCAAUUAUCAGAGAUGUCUAAAAUGGAUUAUUUUGAUUGGUUCAAAAAUAACUUUUAAAUAGACAAAUAGGAAACAAUCGACUAGAUUAUUAAAGGAUUUAAAGAUUCUUAUUUUAUCAAUGAGAAUAUGGUUUAGUAGAUGUAACAAAUUUACAAAGAAUAAUAAUACAAUAAGAAAAAACAAAUGCCAGAUUUAUUAUACAUGUUUCUAUAUUUGAAAUGUUUAGAUGAAAUGGAUAAGUACAUUAAUCUUCAUAGAUAGGUUAAGGAAAGAAUGGCUGCUUUAAGCAAAAAAUCAUUGAAAAUGGAAUAAUAUUUUAGUUAAACUGAAGGUCAUUUGGACACUUAGAAAUAAGAUAAUACUAUGAGAUAUUCGGAAAUUGAAUAGUUGAAGAACGAGCAGAGAUAAUAUGAAUUUUGCAUCAAAACAAUUCUAGUAUAUAUAUCCAGUGAUGAAUUCCAAAAAGAGUUCUAUUUUGAUAGUGAACAAGCAGAGUUGAAAUCAAAUUAAGUGAAAAUCAAAGAAUUAAAAUUUAAUUUAGAAUAUUAUAGUCAUUAUAUGCAAAAUAAUUUAACUCAUUAUGAUAGCGAAGAAAGAGAGGCCGAGAUUUAGGAUCAAAUAACCAAGUAUUUUGGGUUCAAAUAAGAUAAUAAUUAGUAGAAGGAAUUCAUCGAAUCCAAAAGAUAUUUCUAACCUUUAGAAUAAGGAAAUAAUAAAAAUGAAUGGGGGAAACUGGAUUAAGAAACAAUUGAUGAAAGAAUGUAAGAGUUAGAGAAGAAGAGAAGGGAUGAGUUAAUUUUAAAAAUACAAGAAAAUGAUACUAAAAUUCCUUAUCUAAAAGAUUACAUCAAAGAUGAUAUUCAAUCUAAAUGGGUGGAAGGAAUGGCAGCUCAAUAAGGAAGGUUUGUUGAUGCCAGACCAGAUAAUUAAAAAACAGGUAUCUAUGUAGACACUGUAAAAACUGUGGAGAAGAAAUUAGAUGAAAAAAUAGAUUAAGUCAUUAAAAAGUUUAUGUAGGAUAAGAUGAAUAAUUUUAAUAAGAAAUAAUGA